AUGGCAGCUUAUACUGCUGUAAUUUCUCUUCUUCAAACUCUUGAUCAACCAAAUAUUUCAGAACUCUUUCAUGAUCACAGUACUGAAAUGCUCGAUUCUCUUCGUGCUUCAGCUGAAUAUUUUCAAGAUGUUCUUGAAAACACUAGCAAUGAGAAAAUCAAAUCUUUGGAGGAAGAUAUUAGAGUUGUUGUUAGUGAGGCAGAGGAUGUUGUUGAAAUGAAGAUCUCUGAAAUCAUCAAAGGCGAAAGAUGGACAUUUGGAAUUUUACAACACCAUGAUAAGCUACCAGUUGUUGAAAAAAUGGAUACGACAAAGAAACAAGUGAUGGAGAUUCUUUCUCAUGAUGCUGAUCAAAUUCUUGAAUUAACUGCGGAUUCCUUGAUUGGCGCUUCUUCUAUGAGUGAUCCAAUGCUGUCAGGUUACUUGAAAGAUGAUAUCGUGCAGGGACUUGAUGGUGACUUGGAGAUAAUAGAUAAAAGAUUGAGAGGAUCAACGUCGUAUCUAGACAUUGUCACCAUAUCAGGUAUGGGUGGCAUUGGCAAAACAACACUCGCUAAAAAAACUUAUGAUCAUCCUCCAAUCAGGUAUCACUUUGACAUUUUUGUUUGGGUUACAAUAUCUCAAGAAUUUCAAUAUAGAAAUGUAUUGUUAGAAGCUUUACAUUGCAUUUCAAAGAAAAGAGUUAAUGUGAACACAAAAGAUUAUGUUAAGAUGAAUGACAGUGAGUUAGCUGAUCUGGUGCAAAAGUGUCUAAAGGGUCCUAGAUACCUUGUUGUUGUUGAUGAUAUUUGGAGUAGGGAUGUUUGGGAUAGCAUAUCACAAAUAUUUCCUAAUCGCAACAAUGGGAGUCGAGUCUUAUUGACUACUAGGGAAACUGAUGUACAAUCUGUUCCAAUUGGACACCCUUACCACCAUGUGGCUAUGCCACUGUGCAGUAGUGUCUGA